AUCACAGUUUCAAUAAAACUACUCAACUAGAUGAGUACUUUCGUGAUAAAUAUACAUUGAGUUUUAUUAUUUACAGUGAUAAGUAUCAAAUACUUAUUGACAAUAACAAUUAAUUAAACAAAUUUAUUCACUAUCCUUUUUUUGAAUGAAAAAAUACUUAGCAACAAUCAGAGGUUAUAUUUAGGUCACCAAUGCUGGCUUUGAAAUAAAAUAUUUAUGAAAACAAAAACCGAAACAUCUUCUUCUCCAUGGUGUCGAACAUUUAAAUUGAUGACAGCAGAUUAAAUAAACAAAGAAAUGUCAUCGGAAGAAGUAAACAGAGUAACGGCUGCUGUACCAACUGAAGAAGCAGGUCAGUCUGUCAGUAGCACGAGCCAGACCUCAGGGACAACAAGCUCAAACGUUAAUUCACCACGUCCACCAGACCAAGUCAGUCGUUCAAAUAAUCUCCAGCGUAUCCAGCAACGCAAACAGCACGUGUUUAACUGGCCACAGCUUAAAAAAUUAUUGAAAUUAGCCAACUACAGUCUGUGCCAAGUAGAAGAGUGCAAAUGCAAUGGGUGGAAAAAUAGUCAGCAACCGAUAAAGUCACCCCAGAAAGAUCUUGGCCAGCAGCAGCCACAGCAACCAGUCACCAAUUUCAGCGAUCCCUGUCGAAGUUGCACCCAUACUCUGGACAAUCACAUUAGUCAUUUACAAAAACAGUCCGACGAAGAGAUAAAUAGAUUACUGGGUAUGGUUGUCGAUGUUGAUAACAUAUUCAUGGGCAUGCAUCGCGAGGAAGAUCCAGACACCAAAAAGGUUUACUAUUAUUUAUUUAAAUUAUUAAGAAGAAAUAUACUGGCCAUGACUAAGCCAGCUGUGGAAGCACCUCUUGGACAACCGCCUUUUGAACGACCAAGUAUUGCCAAAGCGAUAAGUAAUUUUGUUCUGUAUAAAUUUAGUCAUUUACCACAGCACGAUUGGCAAGCAAUGUAUGAUCUUGCUAAAAUGUUUCUGCAUUGUCUUAAUCAUUGGAACUUUGAGACACCAAGUGCCCGUAGAUUAUCUGCUAAUCUCGAGGAUCCAACUCCGUACAAAAUAAAUUAUACAAGAUGGCUUGUUUAUUGUCAUGUACCAGCAUUCUGUGAUUCACUGCCUCACUAUGAUACCACACUGGUGUUUGGUAAAACAAUGUUACAGGCAGUAUUUAAAUCUGUUUGCCGCCAACUUAUGGAUAAAUGUCACAGCGAACGAGAUAAAAUGUCGCCGGACAAACGUGUUCUCGUGUUGACUCAUUUCCCUAAAUUUCUGUCCAUGCUGGAGAGUGAAAUUUUCUCCAACACAUCACCUAUUUGGGAUCCUGAAUUUAAACAGGUACCGCCGUAUCAUUUACACUUGUCACUUGAUUCUAAAAGCAAUGCUGGACGACGCACAGGUGAAUUUGAAAAGGUGACAUUGACUCCUAACGAUAAAGACAAUUAUACGACAAUAAAUAUAAGUCCUGGAGUUAAAAGAGUGGGUGACAAACGGCCGCAUGCUGAAGGCAGAUCUGAGAGUAAAAAAAAACGCACUGAAGAAGCAUUCGAAGAUUUGCCUGAAGAGACGGUUGCUGUUGUGUUGGACACAAUAAAUGACCCAAAUUAUAUGUGCGGUCCGGACGCUGUUUUCCCGCCAAAUGUACCAAGAGACGAAACGGCUAAAUUAGAGGAAGCAAAAAAAAUAAUUGAGUUCCAUGUUAUUGGCAACAGUUUGACUCAGCCAGUGUCCAAGCAGACAAUGCUCUGGCUGAUAGGUCUCCACAAUGUAUUCAGCCAUCAAUUACCACGAAUGCCCAAGGAAUACAUCUCGCAGCUGGUGUUCGAUCCAAAACACAAGACAUUGGCGCUAAUUAAAGACGGCAGGCCAAUUGGUGGAAUUUGUUUUAGAAUGUUUGCAACUCAGGGAUUUACCGAAAUUGUUUUUUGUGCUGUCACCAGUCAAGAACAAGUAAAAGGUUACGGCACACAUUUGAUGAAUAUGUUGAAGGAUUAUCAUAUUAAAAAUAAUAUCCUACAUUUUUUGACAUUUGCCGAUGAAUUUGCAAUCGGUUACUUCAAAAAACAAGGCUUCAGCAAAGAUAUUAAAUUACCACGUGCUAUGUAUCAGGGAUACAUAAAAGAUUACGAAGGUGCCACAUUGAUGCACUGCGAGCUUAAUGCAAAAAUAGUUUACACCGAGUUCACGGCUGUUAUCAGGAAGCAGAAAGAAAUUGUUAAAAAGUUGAUUCAGCAGAGACAGCAGGAGAUCCAAAAAGUACAUCCGGGGUUGUCCUGCUUCAAGGAGGGGGUCAGAGGCAUUCCUGUUGAAUCUAUACCGGGUAUUCGAGAAACUGGGUGGAAAAAUUACGCGCAAACGAGAACACGGGGUGUCGCCAAAGGCAGUCAGGGUCCGGAACCUAUGGAAGCUUGUCUUGAUAUCACAGAUUCCCUCUACAAUGCACUGAAAAGUGUUUUAAAUAGCGUUAAAAACCACAGCACCGCAUGGCCAUUCCUCAAACCUGUAGAUAAAAAUGACGUUCCCGAUUACUACGAUCAUAUUAAAUAUCCAAUGGACCUUAAAACUAUGACUGAGCGAUUGAAAGCCAGAUAUUACGUGACCCGAAGACUCUUCAUCGCAGACAUGACGAGGAUAUUUACAAAUUGUCGUUUGUACAACAGCCCUGAUACUGAAUAUUACAGGUGUGCGAACGCACUUGAAAAAUAUUUCCAAACACGUAUGAAAGAAAUUGGUCUUUGGGAUAAAUAAAAAUUUAUUUUGUUAUAAAUCCAAACGCUGUGUCUUUUAAA